UGCUGUGCUGUGGUGUGACGCUGCUCGCUCAACGCCCGCAAGCGGUCAAGGGGGACAGGGGCGGGCGAGAGAGCCAGCGGCCGGCGACAGCUGUUCCGGCGACUGCGAAAGCGCAGAAAAGAUGACUAUGACUUUGAUACGCAACAGGCUGGGUCUUCUGGUACUUGGAGUCCUGGUUACCUUUGUCCUCUACCUCUUACUUCCUGCAAUCCAACACGAGAGAUUUACUUCUUCCAUCGACAUCCCCAAGCCACGAGCUAUGGAGGAAGAUAUGAAGAGUCAAAGCAGCAGCAACGUCACUAUCCUAACAGGGACAGUCCUGCAAAACCCUUCUGUUUUCUUUAGAGAAGCUGUACUAGUACAGAAAGAUGGGGCUCCCAGCACUGAAAACAGGCUGGAGAUCAUCUUCCUGCAUGGUCAGUCCUUCACUUCCAAAACAUGGGAGGAAUUGGGGACAUUAGCUUUGCUUUCUGAGAAUGGGCAUCGUGCAAUAGCUAUUGAUUUACCUGGCUAUGGGGACACUCCACGUUCCAGUGCUUUGGAGACAGCACAAAGCCGCGUUGCCUUUCUUCAGCAAAUCUUCAAAGAGCUGAAGCUUCAAAGGCCUGUUCUAAUAAGCUCAUCCAUGAGUGGCCGCUAUUCCAUCCCAUUCCUUCUGGCCAAUGGGGAACAGCUGAAGGGCUUUGUGCCCAUUGCACCAGUGGGAACGAAGGACUUCACUAUUCAGCAGUAUCAGCAAAUCCAGACUCCAACUUUGAUUAUUUAUGGAGAACACGAUACUGGCCUGGGUCUUCAGUCCCUGCAAAGCCUUCAACAGAUGCCCAAAUCCACCGUUGUUGUGCUGCCCGGAGCUGGCCAUGCCUGUUACCUUGAUAAACCUCAGGAGUUUCACAAGGUGCUCCUGAAUUUCCUGGGAGACCUCAAGUGACUGUGGAAUCCUCUUCACCUUGGCUCCUUCUUCCUGAGGGGGAAAAAAACAAGACAGUCUGUACCACAUGACUGGGGUUGCUGUGUGUUUGAAUCUGUUACUCCAUAUUUAAAGGGCUAUGGGUUUUCCUGACUGUUCACAGGAGGAGCUUCUCAGUAUUUGCUUGUGGGGCUGUUUCCAUUUUGUCUGUUUCCAGGCACAACUGGCUAAAUUCUGCAGUCUAAGCAGAAAAAAUGGAUUAAGGGGUAAAUGGAGCUGAGUGACUCCUUUUUCUUUGAGGUGUUUGUUACAAAAGAGUCUGGAGAAUUUGAUCUGUGCUUCAUGGUGAGCCUGUCAUCCUGCUUAAGAGCUGACCCCUCUGGAUGAAGACGCAACUGAGCCUCCAACGUCUUAUUUCAGGAGCACAAGCCGUUUUUAUAAUGCUGAGCUUUCACUUUUCCAUCAACAGUGGAUUUCUACAGCUGCCGCAAGGCUCACGUUCUCAUCAUGUACUUGUUCCUUCACUUUCUACCUUUUUCUUGGAUGGGAUCUCCUAGAACUUCUCCACUGAUGAAAUGAAAUCAGGUGGACGUUUGUAUUGAAUAAUACUGUCCCAUAGUGUUUGUGUGAGUGAGAGACCUUGUAUAUCUGAGCAUAAGGAGGUGGUUUUAGAAUUAGCAGGAAUGCCUUUAGAGAUAAAUUAUAUUUAAAAAAUCCCUAUUUUAAAUCAAUCUUCCCACCACAAAAUAGACAGACGCACACACAGAAAUGCUUUAGUGUUUAUGAUGCCUGAGGCUCCGCAUCUAGUACGUUGCUUGUUGUAUGUGAAUGACUUUGUUGUUGUUGUUGGGGAUUGUUAAAUGAGCUGUUGUCCAAAGUAGGAGGAGUGGGAUUUAGGGUGAUUGAACUAAUAAGUUAUACAGGGAAUGCAGCCUGCAUCAUGAGGUUAUAAGCCACUUUAGGCAUUCAAGCAUUGCAGAACUGUUAGGCAUCAAUCCUUUCCAUGUAUGUGCUCAUGUGAGGCACUGAAUAGAGCAAGGAAAUCUUGUCUGACAAUAGCGUGGACUCCUACUUGUCAGUCAUCUUCAAGUGGACCUCCUCUCUGCUUAACCGUAUGUAAAAGCAUUGCAUUGGCCAGAUGUAUUACUCUAUCCUUUGUUGUUAAUGUGCUGCAGCACCCUACAACUUGGGCUGCUCAGCCUCUAAGGGGUGAUCUGACUUUAGACUGUUGCUUAUAUCCCUGAAGGUGAAGAUCUGAGUGCACCUGUCAUAAUGGACAUUUGGCUUUACCUUACCUCUCUCAAUAACACUCCAAUAUGGAUCUUGGGCAUUUCCAUGAUGCUGCAAUAAUACAACUAAGUUUGCUAGAACCCUUAUUCUAGUAAAAUUCCACAUGGCUCAUUUAGACAAGAUAUUUCCUCUGUUGUUGCAAACAUGCUUUCUGUUCUUCUUAAGUUCUCCACUAAAUGUUUUCAGGUGAAUUAUUUCUGUGUUCCUCAGCACUCUAAAUUGUCUAGGUUGAUUUGUUUUGAACUGUUAGACAAAUAAGACACAACAUGGUAACUUGA